AUGCAACAUGCAACGACCGAGUUUGUGUUCUUUGUGGUGUCGGACGAUGUCAAACCAGAAGAUCCGAGCAACGAGCGAGGUCAGGAAUUGUUGAAAGUGUUCCAGGCUGUGAAGGGUCAAGAUGGAUAUGUAUUGUCGGGUUGGGGCAGGACCGAAGAGGACAUCAAUGCCAUGAUAUGGAUCACUGAAUGGUCCAUUGACAAUGCUACGAUGAAUGUCGAGGGCCUGACGUCCCUGACGAAGAGAUCUCCGGAGAUUGUCAAGAUCAGGACAGUUCUGCAACCCUCUUUAUCGGAAGUGGGAGGAUUGCAGGCCACCCCGUGUAUCGAUGUCACCACAUUGACGUUCAAGGGUGACAGCACCGAACAGGAGAGAGCGACAGAUUUGGCGGCUGUCCAGCGGAUGAAGCGAUGCGUCACUCAAGCUGUAGCCACCGAUGUCCAGCCGGGCUUUUACUGCUUGAGCAGGCCUGACACAUUUCCCGAAGUCGCUUCCAGUGAGAGCCCUGGCGGGAAAGCAGAUCUCUGUGUGGCUGUCGUGGGCUGGACUUCCAGGCAGCAGCAUUAUGACAUGUGGAAGACAGAGGAAUUCAAAGCCUUGAUUCCAUCGGUCAGGGAACGGUUGCUGCCAUAUCCGCCAGGGGUUGGGAUGAAGCACACUACUUUCAAUCUCGUCUGA